CGUUUCGCUUGGUGCCUCCUAACCUCGGAAGUGAAAGUGAAAAAGACAAACAACAAGAACGAGAGAGAGUGGUCUAGCUGGCUAGAUCUUAGCUAGCGAUGAGCUAAGUGGACGAACGUUGGGAGAAAUUGAGAAGUAGAUGCAUUUUCGAUAAAAUAAUUAACGUUAUAUCAAUAGGAUUUGUAUAGCAAUAGGAGAAUGGCUACAAACUGACACGCAUACCUACAUGCAGUGGCAAUGGCCGCAAAUGUUAUCGAACUAGCUAGCUAACGAUUGAUGUUAGCUACGUGCUUACUGCUAGCCAAGUAGCUAUCUGGAUAGCUUGCGAAUUUAGCUAACGUUAGCUAACUAGACUAGCUCCAGCUACAUCUGCCAACACAGCAGUAAUUUAUCAAUACAACGGACCAGUUUGCGAACUAAUGCCAGUUAUAUAUUUGUCACUAACUUGUACUUCAUAAUAAUAAUACCGAAUUAGUGUGCAAGCUGUAAUUCUGUCGAUAUAGUUAACUAGCUAGCUAAGGGUGCUUAGCUAGCUAGCCUAGCCACUUAUCAAAUGCACGAGAAAAAUGGUAAACUGCCUGAUUUGAGGAAGCUAGGAACGCUUACGAUGGUUUAUAUUGUUACACCCCUCUCCCCGAGUAUUCAGGCAAGAGAAGGUCUGUGGGACAUGAGGCUGCUGGAUUGUAAGCCCUGUGAUGGAUAAGCCUGGCGAUGGAGGCCGGGAGCCCCAGGACACAACCCCGGCACCUCAGGGUCGCAGCUGCAGAGGGAACACGGUGGGCAACGGCGUGUGCCACGGGCAAACACACCCCCACCUGCCUGACCCCGCCCUGCUUCUGAAGACUGGGGAACUGGUGGAGGUGGAGGGGGGCGGGGGGAUGUGGGCCUCUCCCACUGUGGGAGUGGAGACAUGCGGUGCCUUAAAGGAGGACCGGCAGGGAGAGCAGGAGGAUGUGGGGGACUCGCCCGGCAGAGAGGAGCACGAAGAGAGAGAAGCCGAGCCACGUUUGAAAGAGCUCUUUGACUCUGGGUUGGGACCUGGGGAGGGGGAGUAUAUGGAGACCUGGAGGCUGUCUGGAGAGGAAGAGGUGAUGGAUGACCAUGAGCCUCCCACACUAUUCCCGGGAGACCCGAUUCUUCAGGAAGAAGAGGGCGAGUCCGAGCCUGGACAUCCGGGACACGAUCAGUCUGAGGACUUGGACAGAGAUGGGGACGAGGAGGAAGAGGCCGGUGACGAAGACCAGGAGGGCAGGAGUGACGAGGGGAGGGACUCCAGAGCCGGUGGGGACCUCGGGCCCCGAAGACCCGGUGGGGGGAAGAGGGGAAGAGGCCGUGGGGAGCAGGCACCGUCUGCCUCCUCCAAAGCGCCACUCUCUGGAGGCGGGCGGCACAAGCAGGCCAGGCGGCGGAACCACCACCACCACCACCAGGGCCGGUCCCGGGGCCCGGUGGGGUCCCGCGCGGCCGCAGCCUGCCGCGAGCUGCUGGUGGAGUCCCUGCAGCCCUGGUGCCUGUCCUGCCUGCGCAUGGUGGUGGAGCUCAUCGUCCUGGUGGCUCACCGCUGCGGGGAGGCGGUGGAGGCCGGCGGGGCGGUGGUCUACGCCUCGGGCUCCCUGCUCCUUCGCAAGGCCACCGACCUCCCGGUCCUGAGGGCCGAGGCCGGGCGUCUGCUGGGCGGAGCGCGGCGCUUAGCUGGCGGUCUCUCGGGCCGAGGCUGGCGGGUGGCGGCCUCCUGCCUGGCCUGCCUGCGCUCGGCUUCGAUGCUGGGGUACACGCGCGCAAGGGCCCUGCUCGGGAGGCUGGCCGGCGAACGGGGGCAGAGGUGGUGGGCCGCGUUUCGGGACUCCAGGGCCUGGAAGGGGGUGGACGCCCUGUGGGAAAAGAUGGGUGGCAUGUUUCGGAGGCGCGAGCAGCAGGCCUCCCCCUGCGGUGUGGGGAGGGGGUCCCCGGGAGAGGAGCUGGAGAGACUGCUGGAGCUGGCUCAGAUCCCUGAGGAGCAGCUGGACCCCUUCGCUGUGCUGGGGGUGGAGGCCAGUGCCUCGGAAACGGAGCUCAAGAGGGCCUACAGGCAGCUGGCUGUACAGGUGCACCCUGAUAAAAAUAAGCACCCACGCGCUGGAGAGGCCUUCAAGGUCCUGAGAGCGGCCUGGGACGUGGUCAGCAACCCGGAAACGCGCAGGGAGUACGAGCUGAAGCGCAUGGCAGAGACUGAACUAUCCAGAUCCAUGAAUGAGUUCCUUAUCAAGCUGCAGGAUGAUCUAAAGGAGGCCAUGAACACCAUGAUGUGCACCAAGUGUGAGGGCAAGCACAAGAGGUUCGAGAUGGAGAGGGACCCGAGCGAAGCGCGUUUCUGCGGCGAGUGCAACAAGCGGCACGGCGCGGAGGAGGGGGACUUCUGGGCCGAGUCCAGCAUGCUGGGCCUGCGCAUCACCUACUUCGCCUUCAUGGACGGGAAGGUCUAUGACAUCACCGAGUGGGCUGGUUGCCAGCGAAUAGGAAUCUCUCCUGACACCCACCGUGUGCCCUACCACAUCUCAUUUGGUUCAAAGAACAGCGGCAGUGCCACACGCCACAGGACACCGUCCGAGCCGCCUCCCGGCCCGACCUCCCCUGCAGACUUACAGGACUUCUUCAAUCGCAUCUUCCACGGGGGAGCCCCCAACGGCAUGGCCGCCAACGGAGGCUUCUUCCCCCCAGGGGCCCCCCCUCACCAACCCACCAGAGCGGGGCCCGGCCCCGGGGGGCCCUUCUCGCCCCCCCCUCCACACACGGGCUUCUUCGGGCCCGGGGGGCAAAGGGCAGAGCCUGGGGAGCCCCGGACCGAGGCCGCCAAACCCCCCCGCAGGCGGAAGAAAGUCCGCAAGCCCUUUCAGCGCUGAGCUCCAUGGCAACACCGGGACGCUCAAAGCCCCAUUGGCCCAUACCCCCCACACACCCCCCCCACCCCCGGCCCCCAACCCCCCCCGAACAGAGACCGGCCGAACUGAUCAAGCCGACGCGGGGAGCAGGCUUCCGUCCAGAUGGCGAAGGCGGGGGUGGGGCAGGACUGUUUUCUUGUUUUUUGUUGUUUUUCUUUUUUUUUCUUCUGGGUUGAUGUUUCUGUUGCACCUUUGGAAAUGUAGCCAUAAGAUUCGAAAGCGAAGCCUACGGUUACAGCGACACAGUGGGGCACUUGUAUUCAGCUUUGCAGUUUCAUUUUUAGGUUCUGCUUUCUUGGCCACAGGUCACACACACCGCAGUCCUGUCCAUAGUCGGUGCAGCAUGGGAGAAGGUGGUGGGGCGGGGGGGGUGCGAGUCGGCGGUCCAAACGUUGCAGGCUGACGCAGAUCAUUCUGCAGGCACUCCGCUGGGCGCCCCUGAACACACACCGCUCCGGCCGGCAUGAAGGAGGCUCCCGUCCCUUUAUCCCGCUCACGCCUCCAUGCUCCUCUUGGACAUAUGGAAGAAAAGAUCUCUCAUGUAGUCUCGAGGUGCUUCCAGUGAAGCAUUUCCAUGCUGCUCAGGAGCUGUAAAGAUCCUUCUCCACCUCCACCCCCUGCAGACAGUUACCUGUGUCUCCAUCACUUCCAUUUGGCCAUGCUGCCGCGGCCCCCCCAGGGCUGCUCCAACCGCUGAAGCCUCCAUAGCUAACGUGAUGGUCCUCAUCCUGGUGUAGCCUCCAUAGCUAAUGCGAUGGUCCUCAUCCUGAUGUAGCCUCCAUAGCUAAUGCGAUGGUCCUCAUCCUGAUGUAGCCUCCAUAGCUAACGUGAUGGUCCUCAUCCUGGUGUAGCCUCCAUAGCUAAUGCGAUGGUCCUCAUCCUGGUGUAGCCUCCAUAGCUAAUGCGAUGGUCCUCAUCCUGGUGUAGCCUCCAUAGCUAACGUGAUGGUCCUCAUCCUGAUGUAGCCUCCAUAGCUAACGUGAUGGUCUUCAUCCUAGUGUAUUCUCAGUAGGUGACGCAAUGGUCCUCAUGGAUGGUAACUAGGGCUGUUCUGUGUGUUGGUCCCACGCCCAUAUCUGCUUGGCUGUGGAACGCAAUGCCGUCCUCAUCUCGUUCCGCCUGAGCCAAUGGCCAGCAGUCCUCGUGGUUAUAGUGUCGAGAGCUUUGUGAAGGUCUAGUUGAAGAGUUAGCCAUUGAAUCGCUUUGUUUGAAAUUUGCCUCCCUUGCGUGGCUGUCUUUCUGCAAAUAUAUAUUUUGGUUUUGUUUUGCUUUUUCUGUUUUUUUUUGUUGUUUUUUUUAAUACAGAUGUAUAUUACGGUAAAUGCAAUGUUGGAAUAACUCACAGAAGGGUGUAGAGCUACCCUGUUUUCUCCCCCUCCCCCCUGCCCGAGAAACAUAAUGUUUAAGUACUGGUUUGUUUUAUUUAAAUUUCAGAGUCCAUGGGUUGAAUUACUGUGGUUGAUUUGAGAUUGUGAAGAGUCAAGUUUCAGGCUUAAUUGAGAAGUCUGCAAAUGACUUAAAAGGCCAGCACCCAGAGGAAGUGGAGUUUUGAGAAUCUCUUAAACUGUAUAUGCAAAAAUAUAUAUUGCAAAAAACAAAAACAAAAAACAAAAAAAAAAAACACAUCUGUUUUGACAAUCAUCGGGGUUCAAUGUGUGGGACAGUAUUCAUAUUUUUGUUCUGUGUAAGUGGAGAGGCAGAUUUUAAUACAACUGUAUUGUAAAACACAAUGGCUGUUUUAAAAAUGAUUCUUUCUUUUAUUUUUGUGUUGAUAGUAAAGUUGAUUUCCUACAGACUGUGGACUAUUUAUUUCAUUAAAAAGAAAAUUGCAAGUCCCUUAA